ACUUAAUGAUUUAGAAGAGGUUCAACUUUUCGGAAUUAAAAAUUUACUCUCAAAAUUCCUUGUUUAUAAAUUUUGGGUUUUCUCUUCUUUUUGGUUUUUAUUUAAAUUUUUAUAAAUCAUAAAAAUGCUUGGAUUAAGCUCGGUCUUAAGACGUUUUGCGAUAUUGGGUCAAGUGAAUAAGCUUCAGCUCGCGACUACACUACGUUUCAAGUCAAAGAAAUGUAAGAAGGGCAAUGUUGAGAAAGAAAAGUGCAAGCAGGGUAAAUUCUCUGAAUUCCCAUGUGGACGACCAGAAAAUUUGCUAGUACGCCAGCCCAAGGUGAACGAGGCUAAGAUGACAAAGCCGCCAUCGAUCUGGCUUAAUCCAUUCUGCGAUGAGGAUGCACCCUAUUGUCCAUUUAAUCCGCGCUUCGACGACAUCUACUAUGUGGAAUCGGACAAGGCCAAGCGAAAGUAUUGGCAGACCUGGGUCGCCUGUCCGCCCAUGCAGAUCAAGAAAAAGAAGAUUUGUUGCUUUGAGAAUAUCAAGGCUGCUCCUUUGAGACGUCGCACACGUAACAAGCCAAAAACUGCCUGCCCACAGCCAGUUGACUGCACGGUUAAGGAGAAGUUGGAUUGUCCACGUUUCAAAAGACGCUGCCACAGAGCUGGGCGCAAUCCGCCAGACUGUGUGAAGACAAAGAGACCACUGAUCUGCAGCAAGCCGUUGACACCUUAUCCCGCCUUCUCUGAAUGUGUUCGCAUGAAGCCAAAUGCUUUGCCAUUGAGCGAAUGCAUUUGCUGGAAGAAACCGAUGGUUUGUGAGGCCUGGGCAGAGUGGCGACGUCGCUCCAUGAGGAAGAUGAGGAAGGUUUAGACCAUCGUGGAUGCAUUGUUGAUGCCCAACAAUGGUAUUGCUGACACAGCCAAGCCCAGGAAGGGAUCGCGCUAUAUUGUGCAUCAUUAAGUUAAAAUGCUUCCGCCUGUGUCGGAGGUUUCCUAGUUUUGCUUGGCAAUGACACACCCUCUUAAAAAAACAAACAUGACGCCAUUUCUUUUAAAGUUGUUACAUAAUAUAUUUUCUUUACUUUUUGGAUUGUCA